AUGACGGUUGAAAGUUCAAUUAAAAAAGGUGAUGAUUUAAUUAAAUCCAAAGAUUAUUUAGGUGCUAUUCAAUCUUAUUCAGAUGCUAUAAAACAAAACCCACUGGCAUUAAAUGCUUUUUUAAAAAGAUCAACUGCUUAUCAAAAAUUAUCAAAUUAUGGUAAAUCAAAAGAAGAUAUUUCAACUGCUUUUACAAUUGCUAAUGAAAGAGGUAAGAGAAAUGAAAUUGGUUUAUGUUAUUAUAAAUUAGGUUUGAUAUACUUCGGUGAAAAAAAAUUAAAGAUGGCAUUAAAACAAUUUGAUAAAGCUAGUGAAUAUGAUUGUAAAGAAGCAACUUUAGAAAUGUGGAAAAAUAAAACUAAAUAUGAUUUGGAGACUCAUCCAGAAUGGAAUGUAGAUGAGGAAGGAGACGAUGAAGAAGAAAAAGAAGAAGAAGAAGAAGAUGCUCAAGUUGAAGAAGUUUCUCAAAAAGUAUCAAGUUCAAACUUUGAUGAAAUUAAUAAAAUUGCUCCAUUAAAUAUCAAAAUUAGAGAAGAUUGGUAUCAAACCAAUGAUGAAAUUAUUAUUACAAUUUAUGCUAAAGGUGUUAAUAAGGACAAGUUGAAAAUUGAAUUUGAAUCAAAAUCUGUUUCUAUUCUAUUUCCAAGUGCAGCAAAUUCAGAGUAUAAUUAUAAUUUAGAUCCAUUAUAUAAAGAAAUUGAUGCUGAAAAAUCUUCAUUUAAGGUUUAUUCAACUAAAUUGGAAAUUUAUCUUAAAAAAGUUGAAAAUAUUAAAUGGCCAUCUUUGGAAAAAUCAGAAGAAGAACAAGAAGAAGAAGAAGCUAAAGUAAAUGAAUCAACACCAGCAUAUCCAACAUCAUCUAAAAAGAAAGUUAAUUGGAAUAAAUUUAAAGUUGAUGAUGAUAAAGAUGAAGAGAAAGAUCCAAAUGAUUUUUUUAAAACUAUUUUUAAAGAUGUUGAUGAAGAUUCAAGAAGAGCAAUGAUGAAAAGUUAUGUUCAAUCAAAUGGAACAGUUUUAACUACAUCUUGGGAUGAAGCAAAAGAUAAAGAAUUUGAAACUUCACCACCAGAAGGUAUGGUUGAAAAGAAAUGGUAA